AAGAGUUCAAUCUAUGAUUACACCGACAACUCUGGUCAAAUGUUAUUAGUCAAGAAUACUGCCAGUUUACAUAGUCUGAGAUGAUCUCUUGUCUGCAAAAAUUAGCUACACAAUCAUGAAUCAUGAUUGACAUGAUUUCCCUGCAUCUAUUUCUAACUGCUCUGCUCACCAGUGGCUAUUGUGAUGCUCUCACUUGUAAUCAAACAGUCCUUCCUACACUGUAUCGAGGUCUGUGGUUUGAUGGUGAUCUAAUUACAUACAACGAUGUUCUGAUCACCUAUCCAUCAAAUUGUACGCAGCCAAACAUUCUUAAUAGAUUCAGUGACUGUGAUUACAGUGUUGUACUGGGUGACGGAGCAAUCAUCCCAUCUCCUCCUGAUCUCAAUAGCGCAAGUUAUUUCACACAUUUCAUUGCUUGGAACAGAGACUCAUUGAAAAGUUUUAUUGACUUUGACCUCACUACAGCAACGGCUGGGAUUACUGCUAUAGAACUCAGUUUCUUGAACAGUCCUGCCAGUGGAAUCAGUUUGCCAGAACCUAGACUAUCUGUAGUUGAAUAUGCCCAAAGCCUGAGAGAUCGAAGUGAAACAAAUAUUACAACCUGGAUACUUAACAAUCAAGAUCUGGCUCAGACAGACAACCAAAUCAGAACUAUUAGCAUUCGGCCACUCACACCACUUAGUGCUGCGAACCUCAGAAUUAGGUUCCAAUUCAUAGUGUUUCAUGAUUUUGAUUGGAUUUUUCUGAGUGAAAUACGAUUUUGCACACAGCCUCAACCUCCUUUACUUAAUAACUCUGUUAUCCUUCAAACACCAUCAUCAAUUGUUGUUCAGCCAAGUGCAGACGGCCUGAGAAAAGGAUCAACAGAGUUAGUGUGCACUAUUCCGGGUGAAGGAUCAUAUGUAUGGCAGUGGAAGAGAGACAAUAGUAUCAUGAUUCUAGAAAAUAAUGGGGAUUACAGAAUCACCAUUGAAGACGGAAGCAGAACAACUAAGUUGAUUAUUAACAAUCUGGACUUUAGUGAUGCUGCUAAUUAUGAAUGCAUAGCAACAACAACACACGAUGUGGAUUUAAUGAACUCAACAGUGUAUUUAGUGGAAUUUCCAGAGCGUGUAAUUACUGCACCUGAUGUCAGUGGAUAUCUACAGUCUGGAGAGGUUACCCUGACCUGUGAGCUCCAUGGUUACCAGUCAUCACUCUCUCUUCCUGUGUGGCUAAACACAAAUGGUAGUGAAACAAAUGACUCUGCCAAAUACACUGUGUCCGCGUGUGAAGGAAACAACACCAUAAUUCUACAGAAUGGCACUGUCGUCCCUAGUAUCAUUUUCAACAUAUCAAUUCACAACCUUUCAUCAGCUGAUGGAGGGAACUACACGUGUCGUGGUGUCAGAGGAGAGAGUGUCACUCAACUCACAAUAGUAGAAGGGACUGAUCCAAAUAAAAUAUUACCCCAAACAUGCACCUCUACGUCUAUAGAGGUAAAUAUCACCCCCACUCUACCCCCUGGUAACGAAACUACCACUCGUGUCCCUGUAACGGACGACACCAUUGUCAUCAUAGCAGCUGCAGUCGUGACUGUUUUUAUAAUACUCACAGCAGUUGGUAUUCUUGCAACAGCUUUGGUGUUUAUUAAAAUGUAUCGCAGUAAGACUCUAGCCAUUUCGACAUACAAUGAGAACAAUUACAUAGAAGUUGAACUCACGCCUAAUUUAACAAAAAAUGUAACCGACAUUCAGAACUCCCCUAUGGCACGAGACAGCGUUAUCCCUACAAUACCUUCCCAGGAUUUGGCUGAGACAGAUUUUCAACAAAUGGGAUUUGAUCGUGAAGAGCUAGAGUACGAAAAUGGAGAGUUGUACAGACAGCCGGGAAGAAUGCAACUAAAGAGGAGAUCAACAAAUUCAACUGAGCCAAAAUUGACGAAAGUCAUUACAGUUGAUUUUGAGGAAGCGCUUGAUUCCAAUCCAAUAUAUGAUACUGCAUCUAUUUUAGGUGAUGGUUUUAUGGAGGAAAAUCCACUGUAUGAUAAUCAAGAAACCUGUGGGGCAGAGGGCAUACUCAGUGGAGAAAAAUCAUUGCUUGAACCAAAUCCGAUGCACGAGUCUGCACAGAGUCUUAUGAAGGAGAAUCCAUUGUACGGUAGGCGGAGCUGCAGUACUGACAGCGAACUCAGUGGAGAAUCAAUUUACAAUGAGGCUUUUAAUCCAGCUAUGUUGUCAUGCAAAGGAGAUCAAUUUUACUAUGAAGAAAUAAAUCCAAGUAACUUUGAACCAAGUCAGCUAGAUGGCGGUGACACGAAUUUGCUUCCAUUUGAACCAGUGUACGACAUACCUUCGCUGGUGGUGGCAUCCGCAAAGCCCUUGCUAAUUGAAACUGAAAACAUUUGUGAAGAGAGGGUUCUUGGAAUCGGGCAGUUUGGGGAAGUUAUUUUAGCGGAAACUGUGGGUUUGAGUGAGAAAGACCUGAAGCUUGGUAGCAGCACUGACAAGAAUGCACGGAUCCUAGUGGCAGUGAAGAAGCUGAAAGAUCAGGCCGACAACUCCAUGAAGGAAUCAUUUGAGAAAGAGAUCAAGUUCAUGUCCGGGCUCUCCGAUGAGAACAUUGUUCGUUUGUUGGCUGUGUGUGAUAAGGAGCCAAAGUUCAUUGUGAUUGAGUACAUGGGAAACGGAGAUCUUUAUCAGUUCUUAAAACGACACCAGCUGGAUACUGCCGAAUUGCUGGAAAACAUAUUGACAGUUUCGAAUCUCCUGUACAUUAGUGUUCAGAUAGCCAGUGGAAUGCGAUAUCUUGCUUCUCUUAAAUACGUGCACAGAGAUUUGGCCUCUAGAAACUGCCUUGUGGGCAACAAUUUGACAGUGAAAAUUUCUGAUUUUGGUAUGAGUCGUAAUCUCUACGAGUCAGUUUACUAUCGAUUACAAGGGCGAGCCAUACUUCCAAUUCGUUGGAUGGCAAUGGAAAGUUUCUAUGGGAGAUUCUCUGAGAAGACAGACGUCUGGUCAUUUGGUAUCACACUGUGGGAGAUAUUCACUCUGGGAAGAUUCCUCCCUUACGAGGAACUGGACGAUCAGCAAGUUGUUGAUGAAGCAAUUAGAAACAAGCAACGUAAACUACUACCAAUGCCCGAGGCAUGCCCUGAGGAUGUCUACCAACGUGUGAUGCUGAGAUGCUGGGAGUACAAACUGGAAGAUAGAGCUGAUUUCGCAGAGCUCAACAACUGUCUAGAAGAGAUUCACAAGCACUUCGAAAUAUAAUACAGACAGCUUUUUUUUUAGAAUAAAUUAUGACUGAUUGAUUUUAUUGUAAUGAUCAUUAGUGAAAAAAGUCUUAGACUGAGUUUACUGUCGCAAUGGAAA